AUGUCUCGGCAGUCCCGUGCUCUUGGCAAGGGGUUCAGCUCCAGCUCCGUGUGCUUCGGGGGCAAGAGCAAGGCGGCGCUGGGCCCGGCGCAGCGCGGGGGGUGCCGGGGCCCCGCCGGGGGCUUCAGCAGCAGGAGCCUCUAUUCCCUGGGGGGCACUAAGAGCACCUCCCUGGGAGGCUUUGGGGGGGCUGGCGCUGCCUGCAGAGGCUUUGGUGGCCAGGGAGGCUUCGGCCUGGGGGGCGGCUUUGGAGCGGGGUGCUUCGGCGGAGGCCUCGGCGGCUUCGGCGGAGGAUUCGACGGCGGGAUGGGGGGCCAGGGCUUCCCCCCGUGCCCCCCGGGGGGCAUCAGGGAGGUGACCAUCAACCAGAGCCUGCUGGCCCCCCUCAACCUGGAGAUCGACCCCGAGAUCCAGAAGGUUCGGACGCAGGAGCGGGAGGAGAUCAAGAAACUCAACGACAAAUUUGCCUCCUUCAUCGACAAGGUUCGGUUCCUGGAGCAGCAGAACCGAGUCCUGCAGACCAAGUGGGAGCUGCUGCAGCAGCAGGCUGGUCCAACGGGGGGCAGGAACCUGGACCCCUUCUUUGAGACCUACAUCAGCGGGCUGAGGAAGCAGCUGGAUGGUCUCUCCAGUGAGAAGCUCCAGCUGGAGACAGAGCUGAAGAGCUUCCAGGACAUGGUGGAAGACUUCAAGACAAAGUACGAGGAGGAGAUAAACAAAAGGACAGCAGCUGAGAAUGAAUUUGUGCUCCUCAAGAAGGACGUGGAUGCAGCCUACAUGACCAAGGUGGAACUCCAGGGAAAGCUGGAUUCUCUGUCAGAUGAGAUCAACUUCCUCAAGUGUCUUUACGAGGCAGAGCUGUCCCAGAUGCAGAAGAGCGUGUCGGACACGUCGGUGGUGCUGUCCAUGGACAACAACCGGAGCCUGGACCUGGACAGCAUCAUCGCCGAGGUGAAGGCGCAGUACGAGGACAUCGCCGCCCGCAGCCGCGCCGAGGCCGAGGCCUGGUACCGCUGCAAGUACGAGGAGCUGCAGGCAAGCGCGGGCAAGCACGGGGACAGCCUCAAGGACACCAAGAUGGAGAUCUCGGAGCUCAACCGCAUGAUCCAGAGGAUACGGGCUGAGAUCGAGAGCGUGAAGAAGCAGUGUGAGGCUGUUCAGACGUCGAUUGCGGACGCGGAGCAGCGCGGGGAGGUGGCUCUCAAGGACGCCAGGGACAAGCUGACCGAGCUGGAGACAGCCCUGCAAAAAGCCAAGGCUGACAUGGCCCGGCAGCUCCGGGAAUACCAGGAGCUCAUGAACGUCAAGUUAGCCCUGGAUGUGGAGAUUGCAACCUACAGGACGCUGCUGGAGGGCGAGGAGUGCAGGAUGUCUGGGGAGUGCCAGAGCUCUGUCAGCAUCUGUAAGUACCAGCUAACCUGGUGCCUUUUGUUCCUCUCUGCAGCCGUGGUGGGCGGCGGCAGCUCCGUGGGAGGUGGAUACGGCAGCGGACUGUGCCUUGGAGGAGGAGGAAUCGGCUUUGGGAGCGGGAAAAGCUGCAGCACGGGCGGUGCUGGGCUGUGCUUCAGCCUGGGAGGGGGCGGCUUUGGUGCCGGGGGUGGAUUUGGCUCCCUGGGUGGGGGAUCGAGCUCGGUGGUGGUGGGGGGGUCUGGCAGCCUCCUGAAGAACGCUGGCCCCGCUGGCAGGAGGGCGUAGGGAAGGAGCCAAGCCCGGCCUGGCACCCUGAGGAGAAAGGGAGCGAACUGCACGAUGACCCCCAGUGACCACUGAGUGGUGGGCACUGAUGGCACCUGAAACCACCACUCAAACAUGGCCAAACCCACCUGCCAAGGACUGAGAAUCCCAACAGCAGCCCAGAACAGCUCAAUCCCUUGUGCUCUGCUCCAGCUGCUGGACAUCAAAGUGCCCAGGCUUCCUUCAGGAGCAGGACCUGCCCUUUCCUGGGAGCCCAAACCCGGCUGGGAUGAGUCUGUGGAGCAGCACCCUCCAAGCAAGAGAUGCCCAGCCACAGGCAGGAGCCUCGGCUUCUCUCAGACUCUUGUGCUGGAUCCAGCUGUGGUGCAACUUUAAUCAGUGCCACUCAUCAGCCCCAGCUCAAGCUCUAAAACAGGAAUUUCCUUCUGCUGCCUUGGCCCAAGAAGAUGUUUCUCACCCAGCUGACUUUGUUUUUCCCCCCCAAGUUUCACUUGGGCUGUUAUAAAAUGUUUAUUUUUACUCAGGGUUCACCUUUUCCUUGGGACCAUGGGAACAAUCGUGUGUGUUUGCUUAAGUCUUUCUCCUUGGCAUGUGCCAUCCCCCAAUAAACAUGAG